UUGUGACUUCCAUAAAAUAUAGCAAGAGGUUGAGGUAUUGGUGGGUCGUAGAGAGUGUGUGUAUGAUGGAUUAGAGGUAGAAGAGAAUCAUUUCAUUGGGAUCCUUGUAUAGCUACAUACAAUUGAACUGAAUAAUUCCGGUUCACUGUGGCUUGAACUGAACUGAAUGAUCACGAUUCCCAACACAGAAUAUCCCUGAACCCAUAAAUCCUUUUGGUUUUGCUUAUCUAAGCUUCUUUGGGAUCUAAUGAACGUAACGCCAAUGUUUUGUUUCCACCUGAUUCUGAUUACAUAGUUGCACCAUGUAUCAACUAUAUCAAUGUUUCUGGAAAUUUAAUCCACAGUUUGGAUGGUGGGAUUAGUCCUCCAGGAUUAGUCGAGGUGAGCGUAAGCUGGGUCCAGACACUUGGUUAUCAAAAAAAAUUCACAGUUUGGAGAUGCUAUACCAACAUUGUGUGAUUCUGUUGUAAUUCUCAUCAAAUUCUCUGUGAAGGAUGGAAUGUAAAGUAUGGCCCGAAAGAUGGUAAUACAUGUAGCAAGUUAUCGUCUCCAUCAGGAACACUUACUCCUCGGACAGAGGGUGAGAUCUUACAAUUGUCCAACUUGAGAAGUUUUUCCUUCAAUGAGCUUAAAACAGCCACCAGGAACUUCCGCCCUGAUAGUGUGUUGGGAGAAGGUGGAUUCGGUUGUGUUUUCAAAGGUUGGAUUGAUGAGCAUACAUUUACUGCUGCCAAGCCGGGAAUUGGCAUGGUUAUUGCCGUGAAGAGACUCAACCAAGAAGGCUUGCAGGGUCACAAGGAAUGGUUGGCAGAAAUUAAUUAUUUGGGGCAGCUGUAUCAUCCUAAUCUUGUGAAAUUGAUCGGAUACUGCUUGGAGGAUGACCACCGGCUUCUAGUAUAUGAAUUCAUGCCGCGGGGCAGCUUGGAACAUCAUCUAUUUAGGAGAAGUUCCUACUUCCAACCACUUUCUUGGAAACUCCGUAUGAAGGUUGCUCUUGGUGCUGCUAAGGGACUUGCAUAUCUCCACAGCCCAGAAGCGAAAGUCAUAUACCGUGAUUUCAAAACGUCUAAUAUCCUUAUCGACUCUGGCUAUAAUGCGAAGCUGUCUGAUUUUGGAUUGGCAAAGGACGGACCGGAAGAUGGUAAAAGCCAUGUAUCAACAAGGGUCAUGGGUACCUAUGGGUAUGCAGCUCCUGAGUACUUGGCAACAGGUCAUUUAACUGCCAAAAGUGACGUAUACAGUUUCGGGGUUGUCCUCCUGGAAAUGUUGACUGGCAAGCGAGCUUUGGACAAGAAUCGCCCGCAAGGUGAACACAACCUUGUCGAAUGGGCGAAACCCUACCUCACCAGUAAACGUCGAAUUCUUCGUGUCAUGGACGCCCGUAUUGAAGGCCAGUACUCUUUAGGUGGAGUACUCAGAGCAGCUACUCUUGCAAUCAAAUGCCUGGCAAUUGAACCCAGGUUGAGGCCUAACAUGGAGGAGGUUGUUAAGGCAUUGGAGCAGCUUCAGGACUUACCAGAGGCUGAGAGCACUAGAAGUGAACCCCUCCAAAUUAGUCAUAGCAGUAAAUCAAGCAGUUCUGUUUCUAAUAACAACAGGACAUGUACUAAUGAAGCUUGCCGUGUGAAAGCAGGUUCAUACCCUAGGCCAGCUGCUUCCCCAGUUCAUGCUUGAAUGAUGACGGACUUUUGUUACCAUUGUGGCUUCAAGAGAGAGGGAGAUAGACAGAGUACAGAUGGUGUAAGAGAGGACAAUUAGGCUGGAAUUUUGACAUGUCUUACACCAAACCUUGGCUAAUUACUGUACAGUUAUUGCCUAUCUAUUUGGCUCGUGUAUGUAUUCAGUAUAAAUGUGCAUACGCUUGCUGUAAAUUAUGACUAUCGAUAGUAGAGAAGAUUAAAGGGCAUUUUACAGCUUCGUUUCACUGUUAUAAGAAUGCAACUGAGUUUUAUGCA